AUGUCUGUAGAAGGCAUAGAUUCUAUUCUUUCUAAGAACGUCCUCAAAGGUAAAAAAGUUUUAAAUGUGGAGGUUACCAAUCUAGUACAGCCUGGUGAAAAUUUUGGAGGUGAGCUUUUAAAGUUAAAUAUUACAACUGAAGACGAAGAAACAAAAUCACAAGAUGUACUACAUGCAGUAGCAAAAAAAAUUCCAGUUGCCGAAUUUGCUCAAGAAAUGUUUAACGUACAAAGAACAUUUAAGGGAGAAAUAUCAUUUUACGAAAAGCUUGUACCUGCUUUUCAAGAAUUUCAAAAGGAACAUAAUUUAAAAGAUAUAAUUAACUGUUUUGGCACAUGUUAUGGAGGCAGACUAAAUAUGAAUGGAAGUGACACUGUGGAUAGGGAUGCUCUAAUUUUAAUGGAAAAUUUAAAAUACUUAGGUUAUAGCAAUAUUGACAGAUACAUUGGUUACAAUUUAGAAGAAGCGCAUGUUCUUCUAAAAGACUUAGCAGCAUUGCACGCAAUACCGCUAGCAAUAAAACUGAGAAAACCUGAAUUUUUUCAAAAAGAAAUCAGACCUUUCUUAAACAAUCAAUUUAUCCAUGAAGACAAUAAUGCAUUUGGAGAUACAAAUCUUUUGUUAUUAGAUAUUUUGUGCGAAUCUGAUAAGUGCGGUCCAUUCAUUUCAAGGGUAAGAAAAGUUUUGAACGCAUACAAACAUCCACAGAAAUAUCAAGCAAGAGAACCGUUUGCUACGUUUUAUCAUGGAGAUCUCUGGGUUAAUAACGCUAUGAUGAAAUAUGAAAAUGGUAAACCCGUCAGUAACAAGUUUAUUGAUUUUCAAUGUUACGAUUAUAGGUCUCCAGCCAGCGAUCUUCUUAAUUUUUUAAUAACAAGUGUUAAUACUGACGUUUUGAAAGAAGAAAUUGAUGGUUUGCUGAAGUUUUACCAUUCAGAAUUUCUUGAUAAUUUAAGAAAGUUGGAAUGCGAUAUAGAACCUUUUAACUGGUUCAAAUUCCAAGAAGAACUAAAAGAAGAUGCUCAAAGGAUUUUUGCUUGGGCCACUUUUUUUGUAAAUUUUGUUGUUUUUGGGCCAAAAGGCGCACAUGAACAUAAACAAGAAGCCAAUUUCAAUUUUGACAAUAUAGCACACAGAGACACAAUCAGAAAAUCUAUCAUGCUUGAGGCCAAAGAAAGACUAUAUUUUAUUGUUCAAUAUUAUGCUAGGAAGAACUGGUUGUAAUUAAAACACUUUUAUUUUUAUGAAAUUUCUUCCUCAUUACACUUUAGAAAGAAGGUUAAUUAUUUCUUGGAUGAAGAAAUAAAUGUUAUAUGUAAAUAAAAAUACUAAGGAUACAACACGAAAAGACAAUGCAAAAUAAAUUAUUUGCUUUAAAAAACUACGUUUUGUAUAUUUAUUUUUUUAGCUAUUACAAAAAAUAAAUCAAAUAAUAAAUAUUUCUAAAUGCGUAUUUCGGAAAUUUUUUUUAAACACUCCAUACGGGACGUUUAUUGAUAUUGUCACGUUAUGCGUGUUUUUAAUAAAAAUAUAAAAAAUAAAAUAUCACGAUAUUGGUGUUUUUUAAUAAUUAUAGAUCUAUGUCCCAGGGGGUCAAGCAGCAAAAUAUAUCACUCUGAACCUAAAUAAUGUAAGUACUCUGUGG